AUGGCAGGUAUCAUUCACAAGAUCGUAGAGAGGCUCCGCAUUGACGGCCACAAGGAAGGCGAUAAACACGAUGAGCACCAGGCGGAUCGCGACCACGGCCUGCUCUGGGAGGGGCUCAUCGAGGACAAGUCCACGGCGAUGGCGGCGAGUAUAGCAAAGACGGUGAGUUUUAGUGCCAGCAGCAGAACAUGGAUGGGAAACUUAGUAACAUGGCAAUGCCGUCCUUGUGCAGAGAGAGCAUGGCUUCUGUUGGUACUCAAUUCUGUUGGUGGAAUAUGUGGCCUCGAGCCUCGUGGAGAAGGAUUUUUGUUUAGGAAGGUAACAUCGCUUGUGAAAGGAGUGAAAAGGAGUGGAGGUAGGGUAGCUCGUGAAUUUCGGAUUUUGCUUUCUAGGGACUUGAGGGAGAUGUUUAUGGGUUGGGACCGUUGGGGGCUGGAAAUUAGA